GUCGAGAGGAGACACACUUGGCCGCCUGACUGACGCUUUACCCAGGCCUGGACACUCAGGAAAACCGCGGGAUGUCGCUCGGCCUGUGGAAGUUGCCACUGUCUUCAAUGGCUCUGACACCAAGAGCUGCAGCCACGCACCCUGCCAAGGUGAUGUUUUCAGAGACGAAACGGGUCUCCCCAAUGGACCUGUGUGAGCCGCCUUGCUUGACCGCCACCCUGUCCCCGGGGCUGCGGCGUAAAAAGAUGCUGUGGCAGAAUGCUGUAAAGCACAUCAUCAUUCAGCAGGAACUCAGCGCUCAGGUCGGUGUGGAGCCGGCUCGCAAAAUCUUUGUGACGGACGCUUACAUGGAAGAAAUUAACCGCCAGAUCCGCAGCAAGGCGUCGCGUGGAGUCAAGCGGCGCUCCUCCACAUUCCGAGUCCAGCCCUCCCAUCUCCGUAGCUCCAUGAGUCAGAGUAUAGGAGGCUCAUGCGGAAAGGAAUACUCAAGCGAUGCUGACUUUUUUGUGCACUGGGGCCGGAUUAUUCACGGGAUCUACAUACCUACUCUCAGGCACACCUUCAAGUCUAAAGACCUCGAAAAACUCUACCAGCAACACUCUUCUCACCAAAGACGUAACUCUUUAGCCAUCACCAAUGUGAUCGACGCUAUGGCCAAGCUGCAGAUCUUGGUUCUGUACCUGGCUUUGGCACCUGCGGAGGUCAAAGAACCCCUCCGAGGCUGCUUGACGUGCGCGUUCACGGUGUUUGCCGUAGCGCUGUGCAUUGUCGUGCUGACCUUUAAAGACUCCGUGUCGCCGAGGUGGCUUCAUUACGCCGGCAUGGCCAGCUGGCUGUCGCAGACCACACAGGUGCUGGGAGGCCUGGUAUAUGGUCUGGAGAAAGACCCGUCAUGGUACCUUCUGUUCACGUUGUUUGCCACAUACACCCUGCUGCCGUUACCUCUUGUGUGGGCCAUGUGCGCGGGUUCCCUGACGUCAGCAUUGCAUCUUCUUGUGGAGAUUGUAUGCUACCACAAUGAUAUCGUCCUUUUGAGAAAGAUUUUUGCCAAAGGCCUUCUGUACUUGGGUAUGAACACCGCCGGAUUCUUCAUUCACUACCUGACAGAUCACUCACAGCGACAGGUGUUCCUAGAAACGCGGCGUUGUAUAGAAGGUCGCCUCAAACUGGAGCAGGAGAACCAGAGACAGGAGCGUCUGGUGUUGUCCAUCUUACCACAGUUUGUAGCCUUGGAAAUGAUCGCUGACAUGAGCUCGAUGGAGAACGAGCUCAGUCCUCAGGAGUUUCACAAGAUUUACAUUCACCAGUACAAAAACGUCAGCAUCCUUUUCGCAGACAUUAAGGGCUUUACUCUGUUAUCCAUGAACUUGUCAGCUCAGGAUUUGGUCCGAACACUCAACGAGCUCUUUGGACGCUUUGACCGUUUGGCCGAGGAGCACCACUGCAUGCGAAUAAAGAUCCUUGGGGACUGUUACUAUUGCGUGUCCGGGGUCCCAGAACCUCAGCGUGCCCACGCCCGUCACUGUGUCGAAAUGGGCCUAGCUAUGAUCAACACCAUACGGGCUGUCCGGAAGCAGCUCAACUUUAACAUAGACAUGAGGAUCGGCAUCCAUUCCGGGUCCGUCCUGUGUGGGGUCCUGGGUCUGCAGAAAUGGCAGUUUGACGUUUGGUCCUGGGAUGUGGGCAUUGCCAACAUGCUCGAGGCAGGCGGCAUUCCAGGGCGGAUCCACAUCUCCAAGGCCACCCUGGAUUGCCUCGAAGGCACCUACAAGACAGAGGACGGACGUGGAGCUGACAGGAAUGAGUUCCUUCGGCGACACAACAUUGACACCUUUCUCAUUUGUCAUCAAGAGGACAGACAUAAAGACGACCACAACGAGGGUCACAAAGUCCCAAAAACCAGUCGAGCCCACGAAAUUCCUUUUGGAAGUGCAAUCGACAUGAAUAGUAUCCUGGCAUCAUUCACAAAUGGGUCGCUGCCCAACAUAUGGCCGUCCACUUCCAAGGAGAUCAACGAACGCAUCAAACAUGCCAUCGCUAUUCGCAGCAGUGAGCGUAUGCACAAGGAACACAUCACUCCCCUGUCUCUGGUCUUCAAGGACGCACACAUUGAGGACAAGUUUUCCCAGAUGAGAGAUGAAAUGUUCAACUCCAACAUGGUCUGCUCCUUCAUCAUGGUCCUGUUUGUCGUGGCCGCCCAGGCCCUCAUCCCGGCACCGAGGCUAUUUCCGGCCAUCCUCCAGUUUUCCCUGUUUCUGCUCACCUACUCACUGCUGCUGCUCUUGGUGCUCGCCGAGGAGUUCAGGUGGAGCCCCGCCACACUGCAGCAGUUCUGCUGCUGGAUCCAUGAGAACAACAGCGCUCGCAACACGCUCACCCUCACCGCUGUGGUCAUCAACUUUGGCUUAGCUGCUACAGAUAUCUUAUGGUGCACGCAAGAGGCGGAUGAGAUGGAAAAGACCAACAUGGCUUCCCGUUCACUCACCGUGUGUUCUUACCCAGAGGUGUUUGUGCUGAGCGGCGUGAUCGCCAUGGUGACGUGCGCCGCGUUUCUCCGUCUCAACUCCCUGCUGAAGUUGGCCGUGCUGCUGCUGGCCGUGGCCUUCUACUCGUACUUCAUCCAUCUGGCCUUCCUGUCCCUCGCGAGCCACGACGUGGCGCACAGGGUUCACUACGCGAGGAGAAAGGGGAUCGCCAUCCUCCUCUUGGUCAUGUUCAUUGUUGCCGUCUUCUACAACGGACGUCAGUGGGAGGCCACCGCCAGGCAGGACUUCCUGUGGCGUCUGCAGGCUCAGCAGGAAGUGGAGGACAUGAGGGAGCUACGGGAGCACAAUGAAUGUCUCCUGCACAAUAUUCUGCCGGUGCACGUGGCCCGACACUUCUUGGAGCGCAGCAAGAACGAUGAGGAGCUUUACUCCCAGUCAUACGAUGAGGUGGGAGUGAUGUUUGCAUCGAUUGCUGGAUUCAACGAGUACUUUGAACAAAAGGAGGUCAGACAUGAAGGUGUGGACUGCCUCCGACUGCUCAAUGAAAUCAUCGCCGGUUUUGACGAGUUGCUGGAGGAGUCGUACUUCCAUUAUGUGGAAAAGAUCAAGACCAUAGGGAGCUGCUACAUGGCCGCCUCUGGUCUAGCACCAGACAAACAGGUGGGGGAGACAUUUUUGCGUGAUGUAUUUGAAGCAACGUGGACCUUGUCAACCGGGAGCUUCCUGUCUCCCUUUCAGACUUCUAUGGACGAAUGGAAUCACUUGAGCGAACUGGUCCUCUUCGCUCUGGCGAUGCAGGAGACUCUGAAGGAGAUCAACAGGCACUCCGCCAAAGACUUUCAGCUGCGUGUCGGCAUCGCCCACGGGCCGGUGGUGGCGGGCGUAAUCGGCGCCAGCAAACCGCAGUACGACAUCUGGGGGUCCACCGUGAACUUGGCCAGCCGCAUGGACAGCACGGGGGUGAGCGGACGGAUCCAGGUGCCCGAGGCCACCCGCAAGAUCCUGGCAGAGUGGGGCUUUGUUUUGGAGCUGCGUGGGGAAAUCUUUGUCAAGGGGGUGAGCGAGUGCCAGGGCAACGUGCGCACCUACUUCAUCAGCACCGUGCGCAGCAAGAUGGCCAACGCCGCCCCGGACGGACGUCCGGGGGGCAAGAUGGAGGGACGCAUGACGCUGGCGGGCAUCGUGUUCAGUCUGGUGCAGGCCAGGAACAAGGAGAAGCUCCGGGAGACCAACGGGGGGUUCGCUCUGUCCUCCGGCACCCUCAAGUGCUGACAGACAAUACUGUAAAAUUCAACGAGAAUCUAUUUUGAUUCCCGAUCUCACCUUCAUUUGGGGACCCCCCCCCCCCAAACCAUAUACUGUGCAAAAUUUCAAUUCUAAAUGUAAAGCAUUAUUUGCGGUGCUAUAAAUUGUGCUAAUGAUGAAAUUAUUAUUAUAACAAGGCCAAUAAUGUUUUUCAGGGUCUGAGAUCGUCAAGCCAAAUCAAAGAAUACCUCAAAACAACCAAAACAACCUCUACUAGAUUUUCAGUGAGCUGUAUAGUCAUACCUACAUUACCGAAAAUAAAAACGUGAUUUUUUUUAAAGAACUGGGGAUCAUGUAUGAAGAUUUAUAUAAUUAAGAAAUUGUUGUACUUGGUUUUUGAUAUGUUUUCUAAAUGAGUCUGUCUCAACCUGUACCCCAGUAGUGGUUUACCCAAAAUAUGAUCAUAAAGUUGUUGCAAAGAUGUUAUGCUUGUAAAUUGGAUGCAGUCAUUGUGUUUGUUUAUUUUCG